AUGCAGAUCACGUCUAAACUGCCAUGGUUCAACUUGCACAAGCAGCAGCUACAGCCUCGGGACCAAGGAGCCAAACUCUGUGACACCUGCUGUUCAGUGAAGGUGCACGUGAACGACGCGUACAACGGUGGCGGCAGCCUCCGCGUGCUGUUCAAGCCUAACCCUCACUACCCGGACGCUAAACCCUACAUAAGGUUGUUUGGUUGCGACUUCCCGCUCAGCCCUCUUGUGGUGAGCUACACCUUCAAGAACAUCAGCUCCGUCAUCACAAUUGGCCAGGACAUUGCCAUUGUUUUGAAGGCCAAAACUGCAGCAGGGGAGACGGGGGACAUCUUUCUAGGCGCGACGGUUGGCGUGCCGGAGGGUGGCAACUACAGGGUGACGCGAGAGAUCAUCGACCCCGAGGACAGUGAGGACCAGUCGGAUACUCACUGGCUCACUAGAAAGUUCCAGCUGGAGGACCUGCGAGGUGCAGACGGUGCCAUUCUUCAAGAGAUUGGCCUCCAUUUGUUCUGCGUCAAUAUGGAAGCUACCGUUUGCCUGCUGGGCCAACUUGACAUCUCACGGCCAGCCGUUGCAAAAGUCGUUCACAGUAACGACGACAGUGAUGACGAGGAACCAGAAAUGAAGCGGCAGCGAGAUCGCUAGGACGGGCUUUACACAAUUUAAAUCGAGUAAUAACAAAAAAGCGUUGCCUGCAAUGUACUGUGGGUUUGCUGAAUCGGCACAAGAGAAAGGUGAAACUGCAUAACGCUAUGCUAAACACGCAGGGUUUGUCGAGGGAGCGACGAAUUGCCCAAUAUACAGAUGCGUAAAAAUGAUACGUGAGGCUAAUUCAGUCGAAUAUAACGAGUACGAAUUAACAAAGUAUCUUGCCAAGAUCGGCGUGUAACAAAUACAGCCAAACCCAAAUAUACAGUGGAGACUC